AUGCCUGAAGAGGAAGCACUCGGUGCUGUGCCGCAGAGUCGCAGACCCCGCCGCAUUUGGAUCUGCAGGAACGCUGCAACCCUAUUAUUCAGCUCUCAAAGAUACAUCGACUACUUCAACCUCAUGUCGUACGACAUCCAUGGCAUGUGGGAACUAGAUAACGAAUGGAUUGGCCCGUACCUGAAAGGCCAUACCGACUGGCGCAAGAUCGAGGAAGUUCUGGAGCUGCUUUGGCGAAACGGUGUUUGUCCUGAAAAGGUGAUCAUGGGCUUUGGCUUCUAUGGCCGCUCCUUCACCAUAGAAGAUCCUUCUUGCGACGAGCCCAACGGCGUGUGCCGUAUUUCUGAUGGCGGUGCCCCUGGUUCUUGCACGGAUACCGCGAGGGUUCUCACAUACUACGAGGUUACCAGCCGCAACGAGACCGGCGACGUGGAGACAUACUCCGAUGCUAGGAAUACUGUCAAGUACAGCGUCUUUGGUGGCGACCAGUGCAUCUCCUACGAUGAUCAGCAGUCUUUCCACGAUAAGCUGCUUCGUCUGUCUGAGAAUUGUCUCGGUGGUCUCAUGAUCUGGUCUAUUGAUCAAGACACUGCCCAGUAUGAUGCCCUCCACGGUCUUCUCGGAGAAUUAUCCACAGGUGGCCUGGAUGGUAGUACUGACGACGAGACUCUAUCUGACUUUUACGGUCAGUUCACCGGUCAAGACUGCAUGGUUACGGUUAGGUGCUCGAGCGGCAGCAUGUCCGAGACACACGAGGAUUACGACUGCCCAAGCGGUUACCGUGGCGUCACACUGGCACACAACCCGGUUCAGAGGUAG